CACGGUGACGUCACUCUGAGUAGUGUAGUGCAGUGAGAAGGAGCGAAAACCCAGCUCCGUCUGCGUUACAUGGCCCGAGUGUGACUUGCGAGUGUAUUUUAGAAAAACGCGUACCUCGUAUAGUCGCGAGUCGUAAUACCGCGUGAAGUAUCGAUGUUCCCGAUCGGACAUCGUGGUCUCGGUAUCGUCGCGCGUGUACGCGCACAUACGUUCGUUCGACAACGGGAGUUUUACGCCGUCGUCGCGUCGACAAUCGCCUCAGCUAACUUGGCGUUACAUUCGCGCGCGUCUUGCAUCUACUCGACGAAGCCCGUCCUCCAUCUCUUCGUUCGAGACGCGACGCGAUAAGUGAUGAGAUAUACAGAGAUACAUAUAUCGGUAUAUCUAUAAAUAUAUACGUGUGUACUCUCUCUCUCUCUCUCUCUCUCUCUCUCUCACACAUUGUCCGUGUGAGUCAAUCUCGGGAGGAUAGUGUUGUGAAAAAGGAGAAAAUUAUCCUCAAGUGAAUACGUAUUCGGAGCACGGGCUAUGUAUAUAUGCUCUCGAUGCGUGUCGCCUGCACGUGUGUACGUGCGUGUAUCCUCUAGAUACAUGCACGUAUAGAGAGGCAUGUAUAUGUGUACGCUAAAAAAGUGCCGUCGUUUCGUGCGCGGAAGGUCACGCGAAUAAAGCGGUAAAAAAGAAAAAGAGAGAGAUAGAGAGAUAGAUAGAUAGAUAGAUAGAGAAAGAGAGAGAGAAGGUGGAAGAGGAAACGGCGUGUGUUGGAAUUGAUUCGCGUUAUCAACAGUGGGUCACACACGCUCGUUGCGCGCGCGAUCCAGGCUCUCUCGGAUAGACGAGAGAAUUUUCGUCUUUCCACUGUGCCGUGCCAUAUCGUCGUGUCGUGUGUUUGUGUCGUGUCGUGCCGUGCCAUGACGUGCCACGUUAUGCCGCUCCACGCGCGAGCCUAGAGAGCGAAGCGCGCGUGUUAACAACGUCGAACGCGAACGCGUGUGCAUCGCGAGGAAUUACGCCGGCAUGUAUCGUCCCGUGUCCACCCAGGUGGCCGGGGGGUGCUCCUCUCCUCGUGGUGUGACGUGUGAUCGAAGGGAAGUCGACCGCCAAGAAUAAUCCCCAUCACGCGAUUCAGUGAUAUACGAUGUGGUGUUCUCCGGCGACGAUACUCAUCCUCGCAGUCGUAAUCGUCAGCGGUGUCUGCUAUCAAGGCUCCUCUUCCUCCACCUUUCCCACGUCGGCGUCGGAGCGCGUCGCGGCGCAAAGUUUUCAUCGCGAGAGCCACGUUGCCGUCGUCGCUGUCGUCGUCGCCGUUGCCGCCGUGCCUACGCACGCACGUGUGAUCGCUCCUUCGACGUGUGCCGCGUCCUCGACGACAGCAUUCGUCGCGUCUACUGGCCUCGUCUCUUUACCGGCUAGUGACUAGUGCUUGUAAUCGUUUCUCUUUUUUUUUUCUUUUUUUUUUCACCUUUCGCUACAGUGAUCACGUUGCAAAGUGCGGGACGUGCGUACGAUUCAUCUCCGUUGGUUGAGAUAAAGUGAAGACAAGAGCCGUGGAGGCUGAUUUAAAUUCUUGAACGUGAAAGAAGGCUGAGGGAGAAGGGGGAGAUUGAAAGAGAGUGAGCGAGCGAGCCAGCUUUAAUCGACCGAAAAAUUGCGCGUUUUGUGUUGUUGGUGAAGUGUGUAGUGAAUUAUUGUUCCGGUCGAGGUUGUGUGUCGUUGUACAGUGCCUCCAAACGAUACCACAACAUCCGAUCCCAAAUGAAGAGUUCGGAGCAAAAUGGUUAGAGAGACACGUUACCUGUGGGUUGGAAAUCUGCCGGAAAACAUCCGAGAGGAUCGCAUUAGGGAGCAUUUCAAACGGUAUGGACGCGUGCAGAGCGUCAAGCUGCUGCCACGGGGCGAGGUGUGCCCUGUGGACGGAGGUUCCAGCAGUACCCUUGGCGAGGGCAAUGAGGGCGGUUCCGGUUCCAGUUCAGGCGGCAACGGCGGCGGCGGCGGGGGCGGCGGUUCCUCGUCCAGCGGUGUAUGCGCGACGGUGGCGUUCAUGGAUAUCAAGUCCGCAGCGAAGGCCCACGCGAUUGAACAUACGCUGGACGAUCGAGUCCUCACCGCACAGUACUACGAACCGCAACAUCUUCAGCACAGGUUCCCCUCUCACGGAAGUUCGGAGGAUCAUGGAUCCAGCGGCGGUAGCGGGGGAGGAAGUGGCGGAACAGGCGUCGUUUCCGGCGGUAGCAACGGUAGCGGGAGCACCGGUUCCGGGGUCGGCGGCAACAGCGGUGGUAAUGAACGAGGAGAGAGGGGAAACGAGAGUUUCGACUCACGUGGUUCCCACGGCAGCUUCUACGGUAGCGAAAGGAGCAACCGAGUGGUUGGCACCGGGAGCAGCGGCGUUGUCGGCAGCGGCGGCAGCGGUAGCGGCAGCGGCGUCGUCGGCGGUCAUCCGGCGGAUUCUUCGACGGGAGAUCCCAGCGGCUAUAUAUCCCGCCGUCCACCACCUACGAGCUCCUACCACGUGACAUCGAGCAGGGCGAGGGAUCGGCUAUACCCGAGGACCGGCCCGUAUGUCUCUGGGCCGCCGCCCCCGCCCCAUUUAGACCGUCAUCGUGGAAGUCUGCCACCGUCGUCCUGGUCGACGUACGAGCCGACGAGUUCGAGGUAUGGCAGCGCACCGCCGCCACCCUCGCCUGCCACCAAUGACUCUUACCAAGAUGAACAAGGAGGUGGCGGAGGUGGUGGUAGCAGUAACACAGGUGCUCUGCGACAGCAUAAAAAGCAACGCAGAAAAUCACGCAGUGGAAGCAGUUCGCCAAGCGGUAGCAGUCGCUCCGGAAGUAGCAGCAGCAGUCGGAGUGGUAGCUCGGGUGGCAGUACCUCCGGAGGUAGCACAUCUCCCGGCAGUUCGCCACAUCGAACGAGCAAUGUGUCUGUCAUAGAGGAUCGCAGGCCAGUGGCCAUCUGUGUGAGGAAUUUACCGAUUCGCAGUAGCGAUUCCUCCCUCAAAGACGGUCUUUUCCAUGAGUACAAGAAACAUGGCAAGGUGACGUGGGUGAAAGUCAUUGGUACGGCCAACGAGAGAUACGCCCUAGUCUGUUUUAGAAAGCCCGAGGAUGUCGAAAAGGCCCUCGAGGUUUCGCAAGAUAAACUAUUCUUCGGGUGUAAAAUUGAAGUGGCCCCUUACCAGGGCUAUGAUGUCGAGGAUAAUGAGUUUAGACCAUACGAGGCAGAACUCGACGAAUAUCAUCCGAAAGCAACGAGAACACUAUUUAUCGGGAACCUCGAAAAGGACGUUACUGCGUCCGAGCUCAGGAAACAUUUUGAACAGUUCGGCGAGAUAAUAGAAAUUGACAUUAAGAAACAAGGAGCUGUAUCGAGUUACGCUUUCUGUCAAUACUCGGAUAUUGGUAGUGUCGUCAAAGCCAUGAGGUCGAUGGACGGUGAACACCUAGGUGCAAAUCGAAUCAAACUCGGAUUCGGAAAAUCGAUGCCCACACCCUGCGUUUGGGUUGAUGGCAUUGGAGAUUGUACAUCCGAGAAAUUUUUAAGCUUGCAAUUCAAUACAUUUGGACCGACAACUCAGGUAGUGGUAGAUCGUGAACGUGGUCAUGCUUUGGUCUUUUUCGAUCAAAUAAGCUGCGCUCAAGCUGCCGUGAAAGAGAUGAGAGGAGUCACGGUUCGCGGCCGUCGUAUACAGAUUGACUUUGCCUCAAGGGAAUGUCAAGAAACUUUUUACGAACAUCUCGAGCGUCAAGGAAACACUAGUGAAAAACCUUGGGACUCGAGACCUUCACCAGCAUCGUCGUUUGACAUGACGAUUCCUUCUAGGCGGGAGCGCAACAGCUUCGAUUCUGCAGUCACAGUACCAAGUUCGAGCAACAGAUUCACGCGCUAUGAUACGCCCCCGCGAUCUAGAACGACGAACUAUUCGCGGACUUCCGGAGGCAGUACACCAGGCGCGAGUCCAGCUCAUCCAACAGCAUUGUCACGAAGUAAUAGACGAUCCUAUCAAGAUUCUUAUUAUGAGAGUGAUUAUGCUGAACCGACGUCGCGACGGUUUCGCAGCUACGACGAAUUUAGUCAAGGCAGCGGUGCAAGUCACGACGAUUACCAGAGUAGUGUACUCAGUGAUGGCAAACUUAAUGAUGACGAUUGUCCGCCACCGUCACGUCGUCAUGCAGUGCAAAGCGUUGUUACGAGUAUCGACCCACCUGCGCCACCGCCACCGUUAUUACCUCCGCCUGAUAUUCGGCAUCUCCAGAAGGAACGCGUCCAUUUGUUGGAGCAACUUGAGGAAUGUCAUAGUAGCGGCGAUGAGGUCGGUUUCGUGUCAAAGAAACGCGCAAAACUUGAUAACUCGUCGACGACGAUACUCUGCGAAGACGAAGAGCCGGAAAUUGCAUCGUUACUCGUUACCUCGCAUUCUAGUAGGAAAGGAAUGGACUUUAGACGCGUUAGUGAUAACAAAGUAGUACACCAUAGCACAAGAAGAGGUAGUUGCGAAGGUAGGGGUCCUGGACCUUGUAAACGCCGUCGGGAUGCCACCAACAGACAUCAUGAGCACCACGAUGGAUCCCGACCAGGUACACCUCUCGUUGAUGAGCGGCCGGAGAAUCUAGUACCCAGCGAACCAAGAAGAUUCAGAGAAAGGAGUCAUGAGGGCCCGUUGUCGUUACCGUUACCCAGGUUUGCGGCCCAAAUGUUAAACAACAACAAUAAUACAAGCAGUAGUAACAACAACAAUGGCAGUGGCACUCGAUCGAAUAAUGCCAGCCUUGCUAAAAUUGCUAGUCCGCCGUGUGCCAGUUUAUCUACUGUGCCCAGUCCUCGUGCCGCACCGCAACCACCAGCUUCGCCACCUCCCAGACAUACCAGUUCGAGCCCCACCAGUUCCGACAGCGAGAUAGCGCCGCAAUCUCCUAGUCUGGAAGAAAGGAUACGCUCUCUGGAUGAAAAAUACGAAAAGUGGUCCGGUUCGAGAGCAUUGAGUGCCGCCGGUGGUGAUGCUCUAGCGAAACUCGAUGCCAGUGCUUCGGAAAGAUUUCGAUUUCGACAUAAACUACUUGAUUUGGAUCUUCACGAAGUGCAACCUUCUGACAUUGUGAAAUCGGUUCUCGCGAAAAGGAGCGUGUUCGAUGAAGAUUCGAAGCGAUUGGAAAACUUUAGCGAAAAAUACGAACCGCGGGAAUUUACUGGUGUUAUUGGCGUCAGUUCUAUGAUCGGUAGCACUGCUGGUCUUACCACUAGUGAUGGUGGCUGUACUAGCAAAGUUUGUCUGCAGUAUCCGUUUCCUAGUCAUCCACCAAUACAGCCAGCCAGCGGUACUUCGGUUACCAGUCAAAUCGGUAUUAAUACGUCAUUAUCCGCGAGUUUGACUCCGAUGACCAUAGUCUCAUCGGCAUUAAAGACCGAUCCGCGAAUAGUACAACAUAAUUGCAUACACCCAACACCGGCAACACCGAUUACACCUGGUACAUCUAUUAAGACAGUUAGUCCGGAGUUACCGCCGGUUUCUCUACCGAUUGGUCUUGGUAGUGGAACGGCAGCCAGUAACAGUAAUGGUAGUGGUUUAGCGUCAGCCAGUAGUCUUCUAAGCAGCAGUAGUAGUAUAGGUAAUAUUCACACCCUCGGAACCUCGACACAUCGGGGAUUGAGCAUCUCCGCGACUACCGCAUCACCUACGGUGACAGCGGCGUCAGAUGCUUUCAAUUCAACUGCAAUAACAACAGCGAUGCCUAUUAUGACGUUGAGUGCGACAAUUUCGUCAGCGACAAUAGCGACGACAACGAUGUCUAUAACAGGCGCGAUAUCUUCCAUGACUAUUACCAGUUCGAUAGCUCCACCGUCUUCCAUAACAUCCUCAUCUAAUUCUUCCUCUUCAUCAUCAUUAUCUGCAUCUUCCACAGAUUUGCCUCGUUCUCGUUUGAGGAAGGAAACGAGCGGUAGCAAUCGAGAAAGCAGAGACUCCCGCGAUGGGAGGGAUAGCAGAGAAUCGAAACAUAGUAAAAGUAAAGAUUGUCAAAGAAGAUCACGGAAAGAUGAAGUCGACGUCGAAAGAAAUCGUAAAGACAGAGAUGAAAAGGAAAGCGCGAAUAUUGCGAACGAUGUCGGCAACACGGAUAAUCAUAAUAGGGACUUUAAGGAUAAUAAAGAGCUGAGGUAUGAGCGAAAAGAACGAGAAGAAAAAGAAAGGAGAGAUAAAGAAGAUCGUGAGAGACAAGAGCGAAGGGAUAAGGAAGAUCGUGACCGACAAGAGAAAAAGGAAAGAGAAGAACGUGAGAGGCGCGAAAAAGACGAGGAGAGGCGAGAAAGAGAGAGACUUGAUAAGGAACGACAGGAAAAAGAUAGAAGAGAACGAGAAGAAAGAGAACGUGAAAGAAAGGAAAAGGAAGAAAAUGAACUUAAAGAAAAGGAGAGACGAGAAAAAGAACGUAUUGAUCGCGAGAGGAAAGAACGAGAAGAGAAGGAACGGCAAGAACGACGAGAACGCGAGGAGCGUGAAAGGAGAGAACGCGAAGAACGCGAAAAGAAAGAACGGGAAAUUCGCUUAGAGCGCGAAAAACAAGAAAAGGAACGCCUUAGAAGAGAAAGGGAGGAACAAGAAAGAAGGGAAAAAGAAGAACGAGAUAGGAUAGAACGAGAAAGAAGGAGAGAAGAAAAAGAACGUCUCGAACGAGAAAGGAAGCGAGAGAAGGAAGAAAAAGAAAGAUUAGAGCGCGAAAGGCGGAAAGAAAAGGAAGAACGAGAGAAGAUGGAAAAGGAGAAACGUGAGAAAGAAGAACGAGAGAGACUCGAAAAACUCGAAAAGGAAAAACAUGAGAAGGAGAAGCGACGAGAACGCGAAGAUCAAGAAAGACGAGAAAAAGAGAAGGUAGAACGCGAAAAGAGAAGAGAUCGCGAAGAAAAGGACAAAGAAAAGAGGGAACGCGAUGAUAGUAGACGGCAAUCAACCGAGAAUCAUUUACAUCCUUCUGUUAUGCAGUCUCAAACUCAGAUUACCUCGGCACCGGUAGCAAUCAAACGCAGGUGCUCGUCGCAAGAUUGUCCCACGGAUGAGGAUGCUAAACGUAUGAAAAUUUUGGAGCAUCGACGCGAUAGCAAGGAUCGGUCUAGGCAAAAUAGAAGAUCCGAAGAUCGUAAACAUCGCAACGACUCGCAUCGUUCUAGUCGAGAGAGCAGGGAGAGUCGUGACAGUAAAGAAAGCAGCAGUGCGACUCAGGACACCAGGGAUGGCGAAUUGACUCGAGAAAAUAAUUCGAGAGACAGUGGAAGUAAUAAGGAGAAACAAAGGAGUAAAAAGAGUCGGUCGGAGAAGGAGUCGAGAGAACGUAGUCCUAGAGUAUCGCACGAAUCUGAUAAGGAAUUUCUGUCGAGGUUGGAACUUUCCAAAAGAAACGAUUCGACUGAGCAAGCUUCCGUGGGAUCGAAUCAUACGAGAGAUGUGCAACAUCAUCAACAGCAACAGUCUUCUACAUUAAAUUCGCAUAGUGAUGUGGAUGAUGGUCCUCUCUCCACUCACGAGAUACAAACGGUAAGAAAUCCUUCGGCCACGGACACAGAUAGCGACGAGCCAAAGAAGCACUCAAUCUUUGACAUUGUCGAUGAUGAACCUGCUUACAUCAGUAUGUAUGAUAAGGUAAAGGCUCGUUCGACGAAAAAUAUGCAAAAAUUAGAAGAGGAGAAACGUCAAGUGCGACUAAAAGAUAAAUUUUCGCAACUGAAGCAAAGUCGCGCUAGACGAGAAGAGAAGAAGCAGAGCACGUCAUGGGACGGAGACUCAGUAAGUAGCAAAGCUUUGACUGAGGACGAAGCUACUUCCGAAUCAGAUUCGACGAGAACUAAGUCUCUCUCUAGAAAGGGCUCGCGGUCUCGCAUUCACUCUGAUACGAGUGAGGAGGAGGAGCCAUUUAAUAACAAGAUUCGCAAAUCUGUAAAGACUGAAAGAUUUCUCGAGAGUGAUGUCGAUCUUGGUUUCGCGGAUACUGAAGAGAAACAAAAUUCACUAGAAGCCUCAAAUAGCGUCAUUGUAAAUAGCGUACAUACGAACAUUAAGGAAGAGCCCCGUACAUCCGAUGAAGACGAGCGAAUCUCGGUUAGCUUCCGUACGAAUCAUCCGACAAUAGUAAUGAACAAUCACGAGAGAGAUUCGCGAAAGAAGUCACACAAAAAGAAACAGAAACGUCAAAAGAAUAGCAUCUCGAGUGAAAAUAAUAUAAAGGUGGAACCGACAGAAACUCUAGAACAUAAAAAUAAAACCAAUCUAAUCACGUCGUCGAACACAGAUUGCCGACCAAAUCAUGGUACAGAAUUGACCACCAUUACCACCAAUACGACAAUAGUCACGACAGCAUUAGAAAACGCUGAGGAGAGAAUGCGCGCCGACAAGAAACAACGUAGUAAAAAGGAUAAGAGACGCGAUCGGAAGGAGAGGAUAAGGCUAAAGCGAGACGAAAGAGGCUCAACAGACAAGAGGCAAGAGAUUCUCAACGUAUGGAGGAUAUCUUCGGCCCUCUCGGACGACGUUGACGAUGGCCCAUCAAAUACUCAUACGUUCUUCAAUAGAUUUAAUAACAUGACAUCGGAAAAUAGCGUAUAUGCUUCAGAUAGUGAUGGUGGUCGUAGUUCGCUCGAUAUGGAUAGAACAAGACGGAAAACAGAAAAGAAACGACGUCAUCAACCAGAAGAUGAAAACAGCGUUGAUUUGGCCGAAGCUGGCCGAGAGAUCGAGGCAAAACUUUUGGGUAUGCCGAGUUCUCCGAAGUCCGCUCCCGUGUGUACAACCGAGCCCAGCGAUCAUGAUGUCUUUCGGUUUACUGAUGAUAAUGACAGUGUUGAGCCGUCGACACCUUCGACAGCACCGGAGAAAAUUAAAGAGAAGAAGAAGAAACGGAAGAAAUCAAAGGAGGAACGCAAUCGGAAGGAUUAUCAUCACCAUCAUCAUCAUCAUCAUCAUCAUGAAAAGAGCGGGGAAUUACCUUAUCUGGGCGCCGAACCUAGUCCACCGAGAGCUAGCAGUCCGUUAGUAUCUAAGACAAUAUCAUCUAGUUUGCCCACACCUAGAGAGACAUUAUUGAGUCCGAUACCUAAAGUGACUUCCAACAUAUCUUCUAUUACCCCUCCUGUUGUGAGUGACAUUCAAACCUCCAAGUCGGAAAAGAAGAAGGACAAGUUUAUACCCGGUUUUGGAAUAGAAAUAGACGAGACAAUUCAUGAAAAUGCUGUGAAAAGUAUCUCGGAGCCUGACGAGAAGGACAGCAAUUGUCAAUCGCGUAGCAACAGAGAAGAACCGGAAGUACCUGUACCAACAACGCCACCGGCUCAGAAUGAGGACAAGCCACGAGUAGCAAUAUCACAGGAAGAAACGGAGGACGCCGUUGCCGCGUUACUCGAGGAAACGUUCGGCGCUUCGACAGAAGACUUCUCUUACGAAGGCGAGGAAGAAGAAACCGAAACCAACGGGAUUACCGGAACUCCGGCCGAGGCACCUCAAGAGGAUGUUGAAGAGAUGCAGCAAGCAGUCGAAAGUUUGAAUGCCUCAACAGUGGAAGGCGAUGCAGAUCUGAAGCCGGAUACGCCACAGAGCGAGCACGAUUUACAAAUUGACACGGAUACAGAGGAGGAUCCGAAUUAUGAGACAGUCGAUCUGACGCAACCGCCAAAGACACCGGAUAUACCUUCAUUCUACAAGUCCCCGACGAAAAUGCUGAACAUGACACCCGUCUUAACUGCGUCUGAGAAAUCGAUCGAAAUGCGAUUACCGUCUACAGUAGUUGCGAAACCACAAAGUCCACCGAAUUCCGUGAUCGCUCAUUCUUGGACUUUGAACGAGCAGAAGCCACGCGAAUCCAUCAAGCCCGUGCAGUUAGAAACCACAGAAUCGGACGUUGAUGUCACCAGUUCAGAAAGAAUGGCACAAGUGCAGAGAACGUCCGCAUCGCCACCACCUCCGCAAUACAAACAACCUAUGCUAGUGCCGUGUAGCGUACCGAUGAGUGAAAUUCCGAAAUCGCUUUCUGUUACCAGUUCGCGACCAUCACCGAUCACCGUGCAGCCUUUAUAUCAGAGGCUUCCCGUGUCUCCGCAAUCUCAGAUGGUACCCAUGCGCCAAGCUUCUCCGAAAAUGCAAACGACGACUGUUUCUUGUUCGUCAUCUUCUAACACGACACCGUUGCCACCGUUAGUUCCGUCGAGAAUACCACCUUUGGUACCAUCACAAUCAUCGCCACGCAUUUCUCAACCACUUUCGCCCAACGGACAAUGGUCGCGGAAUUCUACGUUAAGUCCGCACGUACCUAAUGUGAGCAAGAGAAAAGCUUCGCCGCCACCUACCAAGAUUGCGGUAUGCGUACCUAUCCCUGCUCAAAGACCGGAAGCACCAAUUCAACAAAUCUAUUCGACAGCGGCCACUCAACAGCCAGUAAUACAGCACGCCUCAGGAAUGCUAGCACCCGCACCCGGUUAUCCUCGCGGUGGUUUACCACCAUUGACUCUGAAUAUUCCACCGCGACCUUAUAUGCCUGUGCCACCGUUAGCGUCCGGCAUACAGGUCAAAAACUCGCGCGAUUCCUCUUUGGGUGGUAAAUCUGUGAUCGAGACGCUACUACCGGUAAAUCCGAAUGAACAAUCGCAGAGAUUGGAAGAACCAAAAUUGUCACCCGCUAUUAUACCUGAAUCAACCAACAAAGCGUCUACCUCGCCUAAAGUUCCAUCGCCGAAUCAACCGCCCACAUAUAUACCUGAAACAGCGAAGAUUGAGAUUAACGCUAGUACAUCUAGUCCGGUAUUCGGUAAGCCAGCUUACGUCACGGACAGCUAUACGAUGUCAUCUAGAACGCAAAAACAAAUUUCCGUAUCUAUUACAACAGACAAUAAUCUGCUGUCGCCCAGACAGAAACAAGAAGUAUCGAAUCUUCAACUUUUAACUACGCACGUACCUCGCUCGUCUACGCUCAGUCCUGUAAUUGUGGCUCACGGUCAAUCUCACUUACUUCACAAGUCGGUGCACACUCUAGGCCCGCCAAAUGUCUCUUCUCCGAAUCAACCGCUGAUAAAGACCGUAGUACCUAUAGUUCCUCAACAAAUAACGACGAAUGCACCGUUGUCAGUAUCCGGUGACAAAUCCGUUAUCCCGCAAACGCCUUGUCAGAGACAGUCACCUAUCUCCCAGAAUCAAUUGGUCAAAUCUCACAUACCUCUGGUGUCUACAGAGUCGCAGACGAUCAUAACUAGAGCAGUAUCGUCAACCGCAUCUUCUAUGUCGACGCCAUUGAUGAACGAAUGUUUAGAUCACAUCCAAGGACAACAAUUGGAACUCGAUGCUGAAGCACAGAUUAAUCAAACUGCACAACCGAUGCAACUUACACCACCUAUACAAUCAACGCAACCAAUAGAUGCAAUAAAACAAGAGCCAGUUGACGUUAAACAGGAAGAUACGAUAGACGAAACUGAAUAUAAUAUAGUCGAAUCCGAGGAACUUUUGAACCAACCGUGCAUAGAAGAAGUAAAGCAAGAAAAGCAAGAAGUAGUAAUUAAGACAGAAAUUGCGCCAUGUAUUCCUAAAGACGAAGUUGCCGAUACACCGGUUGUACCGAAACUUGAAGCAGAAACUCCUAUAAAACUGGAGCCUGUGAAUGAAAUUAAAGAAGAGAUUAAGGAGAAUGAUGAGAUGGAAUUAGACGAAGAGCCAGUAGAAGAUCCGUUGAAAGAACCGAGUACGGAUCCUCUUGCUAUCGAUUCUAAAGGAGAUCCGAUUGAUAAUAAAGAAGACAGCGACUAUUGGUCUGCGAAGGAAGUGAACAUCGAAAGUGUGAUAAAAAAAGUCGAUGCUUUGUGCGAUGGUGAAGGUAACGAUGGCGAUGACGAGACGCAACAGACUGAGAGCGCAAAUAGUAACUCGCACGAUACUAGCAAGAAUGAGUCAGAUUGGUUUGAUGCCGAGUCGUCAAUAGAGAACGAGAAUAAAAAGAAUUUUGGAUUAACAACUGAGGAGCACGACGAGAGUAUGGAAAUGUGCGAAAAUGAGUCUACAAAGAGUCGUCGUGGCAGAGCGAAGAGUAGACGCGGCAGUCGUGGCGGGGUCACUACGAGACGAGGUGGCAGGAACGCGAGCACCAUUUCUCACAGACGAGGUGGAAGAAGUUCCCGAGGUAGCAAACAACAUGUUGAAAAGAAUAAAUUGCCUGCUGAUGUUUACGAGUUCCACGAUGAUAGCGAGGAGGACAACGCCGGUCGUCCGCGGCUUAUUCUCACUAUUAAAUCUCCCGGACCGAACGUAACGGGACCUAAUGCGCAGCCGGCAAUACCCGUAGCCGCAGUUAAGGAAAUACCACCGGAAGAGUUUGUUUCUCCGGCCACUAAUACGAGGAAAUCGAGAAGAUUGGCGGAGAGAGAUGGCAAUCGCAAUACGGUCGACGAUGUCAUCGAGGAUGUUGUCCGUGGAUCACCUGCAAGUAAAGGAUUAGUCAGCGGUGUCGCUGGGAAUAUGCACGCCACCAGACGAAGUACCAGACACAACAAUGCUCCGCGCAAUAUGACAGUGCAACCUACUGCGCCACUAACAACGGAGCUUCGUAAAUCACCUAGGGGCAGUCGAAAAACAGCGAGACGAACGUCGGAAAAUAACGAAGAUAGCGGAGAAGAAAAGACAAAAGAAACAGUCAUGACGCCGCAAGACAUACCGAUCAAAGAGGAACCGAAACCAGCUCAACCGGAAAGUCCGAAAGCGGAAGAACCGGCUCAAACUGUUGUUACAUCGGUGCCGCAGAAGACGGUGUCGCUCGAGCCGAUGACAUUAAUCGAUCCAGUCACGGGAAUGCUGAUACCUAUGAGGGAAUCCGAGGAAGGUCAAUAUAUUCCGGUAUCCACGGCAUCCAAUCAGGUGCAAACUAUCAAUAGGACACUAUGCGAACCUCGAAGCGGUGGAUUAGUCAGCGCAAGUCCGACAAACGAAACGCCACGAGUAAAAUCUGAAGAUCCUCUGUUAGGAACAGCAGAGCCGAAGAAGGAGGCCGUUAUAGAACAUCCAUCUUGUCAAUUGGCAUCGACACAACCGAUACAACCGCAAACUAGUGUAAUUACGAAACCACAAUCCCCGACAGUGCAGGUUACCUCUACUAUUACUAUUGCACAAUCUUUGACAAUAACUACGACUAUUGUCACUACCGUGACUGCAACGUCUGUAGCAUCAACUACAACGGCACAACCAAUACCCAUCUCUUCUUCCUCGCAGACGAAACCUACGAGUCUCAAGGCGCACGUAUUAAACGCUAGCAAGCUCGUGACCUCGGCGCAACAGCAGGUUGUCAUCGCGAAACCGGUGGCUUCAAGCUUACCUAACCAAACAAUAGUCCAAAACAUCGUUAAGUCACCCGUGCAAGCUGUACAGGGUCUCAAUCUGCAGAUACCACCUGGCAGAGUUGUGUCGCCCAGCUUAAGUCCGCGUGCGAAACAGCCAGCGCAAUUGGCACCACCAAACACAGGCGUAAAGCAAGGUCAACCCAUGUCACCGGUACUCAACAAUACCGGAGUACCGCCUAAUCCUAAGCAACAUCUUCUGCAAGCCGCCAAGCAACAAACGUCGACGAUAGUAAACAUGUCGCAGAAAAUGCCGAUAAACGUGCAUCCUGUUAGUGUGAACGCCACUAGAAUGCAUCAACCGGUCUCGCAGCCUAUCACUCUCAAGGGUAUCAAUGGACAACCUCAUCCGCUUAAUCCAAAGACGCAUCUAUUGCAAGCUGUAGUUCCACCGAUUGUCACCGGAAGUUCAUCUACGCAACAGCAUCUCGUUAAUCCGCAGCCGAUUUCAACCGGCAAUACCCGACCACCGGUACCGAAAACUCCUGCCACUGGAACGAUGGAACCGCAAAAAGUGGAAGUAUCGAUGUCUGGUUGUAUCAUGAUGCCAACUGCGAGUCCGCAAAGUCGUAGCGUACCAAUGCCGACGUACGAAGCUCCACUGCACGGAAACACAGGUGCUACUCCACCAGGGGGUCAGUAUGGUCUUGUUCCCCCGCAUCGAUCCCAGAGUCCUCCAUUGCCUCCACCUGCCCAUCAUCACGUUAAUACUUCACAGAGUGAAGUCGUCAAUCAUUACGGAGGACUGACUCGUGGUGGAGAGCUGCCACCUCAUUAUUUACAUUCUCAGAUGUUGCAAUACCAAUACCAUCUUCGUGCGCAACAGGAAGCGUUAACGGCGCCUCGCAUAGCUUAUCACAUUCCAGGAACAAGAUCUCCGCACUUACCUUUAGAUCCGAAACUCGAGACCGGCAUAGAAGACAGUCACAGUCCUCCUUUAGAAUUAAGACGAGGAACGAGAACGCCUCAAGAUCGUACUACCGACAGUCCACAAGUUGCUCAAGUUUAUAUGCUACACGGAAAUGUAAGAUUACCGCCACCUCCGCCGCAGUAUAACGCAGGAAGUAAUCCAUCAUUACCCGGUACACCGGCUGGAGCUAGACCAGGUUAUUACGAACCACCGCCUGCCCAUUUACGUUCUCAAUAUCCCAUGGCUGCAAGCGAAGCGCCACCUGAGAUGGGCAGGGCCGCCACGCCGGAGAGAUGUAGAAAGCAUCAUGUUGUCACGCCACCGCCGUAUGCAUCUCAAGUACCACCGCAAGCGGAUACGUUUCAGAUGUUACUCCAACGUUACCCGGUUAUGUGGCAAGGUUUACUAGCACUCAAGAACGAUCAAGCAGCGGUACAAAUGCACUUUGUUUUCGGCAAUCCUAACGUAGCCAGAGAUAGUCUGCCGUGUAACAGCGACGGCUCUACACCACCAUUGAGAAUAGCCCAAAGAAUGAGAUUAGAGCAAACUCAAGUUGAAGGGGUAGCGAGAAAGAUGCAAACUGAUAACGAACAUUGCAUGUUAUUGGCAUUACCUUGUGGUCGUGAUGAAGUAGAUGUACUGCAACAAAGUAAAAAUCUUCAAACAGGAUUUAUCAUGUAUCUCCAACAGAAGCAAGCUGCUGGAAUUGUAAAUAUUGCCGCACCCGGAUCACAACAGCCGGCGUAUGUAGUUCACAUUUUUCCAUCUUGUGAAUUUGCGCAUGAAAAUUUGGCAAGAAUUGCACCGGACCUACAUCAACGUGUUGCAAAAAUUUCUCAUUUACUAAUCGUCAUUGCCACGGUUUGAAACCGAUCAUUGACCUACCGGAUCACGAUUUAUCCGUAUGUCUCGUCUUCACGCACCGCAGGACGCUUCAUACCUGGCAUGAAGCCUGGAGUGUCCGCUUGACACGCGCGUAAUUGUGCGACAAAAAGCGGGAUGCGCAUUCAAAAUGAAGAGCUCCUUAUUCGGAGUUAUCAGUGACAAUCACAUGGAACCCGGCGGGGUAAGCUGAUCUUUAGAUCGUAGGCCUAAAGAUGAGGUACGAGGUUGUGCAGUGAAGUGAGGUUAGCACUUUUAAAUGCGCUGGUCAUUACCGUGCGUACCUCCCUUCGAUGAAAUUUGCGCAGGCAAGCUCGAUUCUUUCUUGCUUUUUUCUUCUUUUUUUUCUUCUUUUUCUCUUUUUUUGAACGGCUUGUAACUCGCGUCAAUUAUAAUACUGAUAAUGUUUGUGGGAUUGACCGACAUCACUCUUGGUCUUUCUGACAAGCGGAUCAGGCACAACCCCAGCCUUCAAACAAGACCUUCGAUUCGUCAUGCGAUACUCAUUACUUGCUUUCGUUUCUCCCAUAGAGGAAACAGUAAGAAUUCGUUUCUCUAGAUGGACAAGUCAACCGCGAAAUAAAGAUAUAGAAGCAGCUAACGAACCCUAUCACUAUUACAUGAGCUAUUACGAGCUAUUUCAAGUAAGAUUUAGGCGUUAAUAAUAAUAAAAUAAAUUGUGUAAAAAAAUUAUAAGCGAGCCACCGAGGGCAUAACUACUGUGAUUUUAAGUAUUUAACGGUAACUGUAAUUGCGUAAAGAGGAAGAAGACAAAAGAUAAAAACAUAUAAGAGGGUGCCCAACUAAUGAUUGUGCGGUAUGUGAUGUGUUUUUGUAUAAAUACUGCUCUAUAUAUAAAACUGACUAUGUAUUAUAUUAUAUUAUAAUUAUAACGAUAAUUUUGCUGCUGCCCGUUGCUGCUGUCGCCGCCGGUCGUGUCGAGUUUAGAAUGUAAAUUAUAAUAUGUUAGUCCUCUAGCACACGGAGAAUGAGAAAAGUUGGGCCACCCGCGUAGAAUUUGUGCGAUCUAUAUAGAUUUAUCUUAGUAUAUCAUGAUUUCCCACAGCAAGAUGCGAAUUUGUGAAUUAUUAUUAUUAUUAUUAAUCUCUCGUGAAUUACUAAAAUUCCUCUCAUACAUAGCAUACUCUCUUAGCAUUAUAUAUAUCUUAUAAAGAAUUUUUAACGUUAUUACUUAUAUUCUCUUUAUUAUGAUUAUUAUGAUUACUAUUAGUGUUAAUAAUCAGUGUUGCCAGUGUCAGAAUUACGAUUGUACAAGAUUUUUCGGUACUUUGACGAAUUAAAUAAAUUAGACGGUUCCCUCCCUCAUUGUAAGAUUUUAUUAUAAUUCGUCUAAUUUAUUUUAAUAUAAAUGACUUUGGUAACACUGAUAAUCGCCCAUUCUUAUUACAAUUAUUAUUAACAUUAUUAAUUAUUAUUAUUAUAAUUAUGAUUACAUAUUAUUGCGAUUACUAUUACCACUGCUAUUACUAUUAUUACUACUAUACUAUUACCACUACUACUACUUACUAUUACUACUAUUACUACUCUACCACUACUCUAUUACCGCUGCUAUUAAUUAUUAUUAACGUUAUUACAACAGAUUAGCUAGGGCAUGCCAAUUCGCACACAGAACAAAAUGGGGCUUAUUUGUCAUACUGGGAAAAUGUAUGACCGAUCUCAUUGACCAUUGACGCCGCCCCAUUCUACGCACUUACAUCUGAUGAAGAUGGAUAUAUUUGAGCGAAUGCAAAAGGAACACGGAACAGCGAGUGCGAAUAAAAUUUUAACGUUUAUUAAUAUUCGAUUUACAUUCAUUAUUCGUUCCUUGUUCUUUUAAUCGCAGGAAAUAUAUCUAUCUUUAUCUCUCAUCCUAUCGAUUUCGUCACGCGACGACACAUAGACUCUUUAGCAUUCGUGUCCGAAUAAAUGCGCUUACGUGUAUAGACCAGAGGUUACACUAUAUCACACAUCAAGCCGUCAAAAAACAUUUUAAAUAAAUUAAGAAACUUAUAUCUAUUUACGAUAUUAUGCUGCUGCGCGUAGGGCGCAUGCCUCUAGAGAGUAAUCUUAAUGCAAGAAUCAGGGAUAGACAAAACAUAUGCAUUCAUUUGUUUUAAUUAUCUAUUAUAAGUGCGAAAAAUUUAAUUUUCUUUUGAUAUUCGCAGAAUAUCAAGACAUGAAAGGCUAUAUCUGAGUGUAUUAUUUAUUUUAUAUUCAUAUAUAUUCUCAUAUAUAUACUAAUGGUAACUUUUUCAAUACUUUUUAUAUUUCCUAAUCUGUUUUGCUAUUAUUUUAGGAGACCACUGGACAAUUCGCUAAAUUUAUUACUUUUAUUUCUAAGCGAAUAGAACACAUCGUUUAAGUGAUAUUUUAUUGUUCUGUUCAUCCCUGCGACAAUGCAAUUACUUUAAGGCAGCGCGGAUAUUCGCGGAGCGUGUGCAUGUACAGUGUAAAAGAUGUGUUGUGGAUAUGUACAGUGUAGAGGUAUAACUGAAUGAAAGAGAGAGAGAGAGAGAGAGAGAGAGAGAGAAAGGUGAUAAAAAAAAGGAGCGUUAUAUAUAUAUAAAUAUAUUAUAGCUAUGCAUAUAAGUAUAUAAGGCGCGAACGUGCGCACGUGUCGUUUAUUUCACGCAACUCAUUUAUUUUUAUGGAAACGUUGCGUUUUCCCUCCUCUUUCUUCUGCAGCCAGUCAUAUAGCAUAGGUGCAGGAUCGUGUACUUUCUGUACCGUUAUUAUGCGACACGUGCGCCCGUCAGCGGGCCUCACCUAUCUUGUAAAAUAUCUGUGAAUAUUAUGAUUUAGUUUCUUCCUAAUUGUAGGCUACAGGAAUACAAAAGAAUGUUUACGUUAAUCAUUUAAGGAAGAAGAUUGUACAGAUCUAUAUUCUUUUUUUCUUUUUUUUUGUUUUGUGUUUUACUGUAGUUAUUGACAAUUAUAUGGAUAUUAACGAUAAUAAUAACUAUGAUUAAAAGAAAAAAAAACUUAAGCUCGGCUCGAUUGCGUCAUUCUUGAAAAACCCGCUAAUGCGCAAUAUAUUUAUUCUGUGUAAGAGAAACUCUCGGUGAUAAUGUAUCAUUUGUAUAUUAGUAAUUACGUGAUCUCCUAAUAAUCGAAAAAAAGAAAAACUUGAAUAGAAUUGGAUAUACAUUACGAUUGUCAUACCGUUCCAUCUCCUAAAUUCAUCACAAUUUAUCCACGAUUUAUUUCUACAUGUCGUCUACAUGCGUUCUUCUGAAAUGUUAAUGCGUUAAAACGUAUGUUAAGAACUUUCUUUUUAUAUUAGAUCAGGAGCUGGACUUCUCGCUAGAAAGGUAAUAUAAUAAAACACAAAGUAUUACCUCGAA